CGUGAGCGAUGAUGCGCUGAUCUCACAGCGCCUGGAGUGGCUGAACGCGCGUCGGGACAUCGAGCUGCUGCUGUGGAUGUCUGUGACGCAGUUAGACCGGAGAUCCACGUCUGGACAGCCUGCGACAAUCCCCACUCAGAUUAGCGCUUGACCCGCAGGAUUUGUUGGAGAGGCACCUGAUUCACCGGGAGCGACACGGACAGUCAGAGCAGACAGAAUGAUCUAGAUUUUACAUGUUUAUUCCUCUGGAGUCGUUUUCAAGAAGCUUCUCCGUGUCUGGUUUUGUUUAAUAAUGCCUGGACGCAUUUUACGCACGCUUGACUCCAGGACGCCAGGAGCCCUCUCCAAGGAGCAAAGUGGAGCCAUGGCAGGUUUUACACACAGAAAUACGCCGACAGGAGUGUGUGAGAAACUUUCUGCUGCACUCUUUAUUUCUCAUUAGUCGUCUGAGAUCUGAUCAUGUGUGAUACUCCUGCUGCCGGUGGAAACGUCUAAUCCCUCCCCGAUUACCGCGCACAAAUGGAUUGCGUCCUGCCGGCCAGCCGACUGACAUCAGGGCCCAGACGAAUUGAUUCAACCGCUAUGUUUGCGCUGUGACUGCUGAAUUGAAGGCAGUCCAGCAUCACUUUGUAAGCGGGACCUCAGCUUCUUCCCCCUGGUGCCAAAAUGAGAAGAGCCGUGCUGAAAGAAGCCGCUAAACGCUUCCCCUGGCUGGCCAAUGUCACUCUGUACGGGUGCUUAUUCGCCGGCGGUGACCUUGUCCAUCAGCUCAUCGCUCAGAAGGAGCGCAUUGACUGGAGACACACUCGCAACGUGGCCAUCGUGGCCAUCAGCUUCCAUGGAAACUUUAAUUACUUCUGGCUGCGAGCCCUGGAGAGGCGGUUCCCCGGAAAGUGCCCCGGGAUGGUUUUCCGCAAACUGCUGCUGGACCAAAGCUUUGCGUCGCCUUUGGCCACCAGUGUCUUCUACACGGGGGUGAGCUUCUUGGAGGGAAAGGAGGAUAUCUUUGAAGACUGGAGAGAGAAGUUCUUCAACACCUGGAAGACUGGACUCAUGUACUGGCCAUUCAUGCAGUUUCUGAACUUUGUCCUGAUGCCGCUCUACAUGAGAACGGCCUUCAUGGGCUGCUGCGCCUUCCUCUGGGCCACCUUCCUGUGCUUCUCACGGCAGAGCGGUGACGGCACGGCCGGCGUGGCUCUGGCCUUCAUCAUGGACCCUCGCAAGACCCUGGAGGAGAUGCGGCAGGCCCGACUGGCCCGGAAGAAGCAAAAGAUCCAGAGGGAAAACUAAAGACAGCAUGAGGAGGAAGAAGAGGAGGAGGAGGAGGAUGCUGCCUCUCUCUCAGGCCUUGGAGCUUCAGUCACAGGACAGUGUGGUUCCUACUUUUUGCGAAUCGGCACCCACAAACUGAGAAGCCACAGAGAGCCGAGGAGAAGCCCAUCAUCACAGUCGUCAUGAUAUCUGAAGGUUGAAGUCUCCAGUGUGUUGAUGUGUUCUUUCUGCUGAAUAUUCUCAUAAUAUUUGAACAUUUGGGUGUUAACUGUACAUUAGUGGAGGGUUAAAUGAUCAGAAGUCCUUCUCAGGGGAACACGAAUCUCAUACAGUGAGUUAUCGAGAUGUUUUGCUUUGGAUCACAGAUGGAAAAUAGUUCUAGUGGAACAGAUUCACAGAAUAUGAGGUCUGAGCGCUUCAUCCUGUUUACAGCUGAUGAACAAACUGUGUUGAGAUGAUGUGAUGUUGUGAUGUUGAGCUGACGUGAGCCUGCAGUCCAGUGAAGAUCAGAUUUAAGGUUCCAUAUUUUCUGCUUUACACUUGUUGUGCCUUCUCUUGGUGACUGACUGUCUGGACCACACAGGUCGGAGAGCUCGCAGUGUUUGGCUGAGUGGUGACAGUCAUUCAUAUUAAUCAAUACAGUGAGGUACAGUAUAUAUAUUUUUUGUUAGUGUACAGUUAUAAAUUGAGUUUACGUGUUUUAUUUUGGGAUGCACUGAUUCCAGAUUCAUUCAUUAUCCCCUCCGCCAUCAUGAUGAUGGAAAGUGAAGUCAGGUGAAGUCUCGUAGUCCUUAAAAGUUGCAGCAUCCUGCUAAACAACUUAAGUAGCUGGAGACUUGAUUUAAAAUAUGAAAAAACAACCAAAAAACAAAUGAAAUGCUUCAAAUCUACAUCAAAACUUUGCUGAAUUAGCUGUUAGCACUUCCUGUUUGCAGUUUACUGAUGGACGUACAGACGACUGUCGCUGGAUCACUUUGACACUGAGAAAACUUAAAAACAUGAUGUUUCUAAGGCAAGUUCUGCACAUGUAAGGAGGGUCUAGCUUGGGGGUUUCUAAGUGGAUUUGCGGAGCCUUUAUCUCCUCCCCUUAUGUUAGAUAAAGUCAAGUGAAGUGUCGUAGUCCACAGAACAGUUCUGGAGCUUCACAGCAAAACAGUGUUGCAGCGUUCUGCUAAACAACUGAAGCAGCUGGAGAAAGAAAGAAAACACUGGCUACAGAAGUCUCCACAAACAAGAGAGCAUCACCAUGGAGGUGAGGGGAUAAUGAGUGAAAUGUAACUUUUUGGGGGGUGAACUGUUCCUUUAAGUGUCCCAAAUCCAAAUGGUUCCUCCCCUGGGGGUCAUCAGUAUCUUUUUGAGGAGAGAAAGCAUCAGGAAGUCAUCAGACCAUUUCAGGAAUUGGGGACUAUUUUCAGUGGCGGAUUAAUUAAUAAUACCAAUCCAUAUUUGAAGCUCAACAGUUCCUGGUGUGUUGUCACCACAUGUGUCAGUGCAUCCCGCUCGUGUUGUGUCUCCUAGUCUGACCUGUGAAGCUGCAGUAUCUUAAUCCUGUCCUCUUACUUGAAACAUCACAUAGGUUGCCAUCAGCCCAGAUACCUUAUCACGUAACACAUCACCUCCCUGAAACCACGCCCAUGAAUCGCUCUCCUUUAGACUUUUAAGAAGAUUUGUGACUCUUAUUAUAAGUUAUCAAAAAAAGACGAUUAAAAGAACUGAAGAUUUUCAGAACAAGCGCUGCACCAGGUGUGAACGGCUCGGAUAUUGUUAAGAAAACGUACCUGUCAGUUACAAUAAGGUGGAGCAAGUUUAGUUGGACUUUAAGAUGUUUGGACACGGCCCUUCUGUAGAUAAGCUUUAAGUGAAUAACAACAUAGAGAUUCUCUGUUUUUUCAUGUACGAAACAAAAAUAAAACUUCAAAGAUUGUUCAGAA